CAUUUCGCCACAUGCUCUUGUGAGUCAUACGUAGUUAAACUGUAGUUAAAAUAUGCAGACAAAUAUUCGCUUAACUCGGUGGGUGUUGAAGGAAGUUAUAUCUCGGGAUGAUUAUAUACAUUGUAUGGAUAUUUAUGAAUGAAAUGUUAUAACAGAAAUAGGAAAAUGAAUUCCUACGUAGCAAGAAAUAUUUUCAAUGAACUCCAAGACAGCGUUCAGAGAUUUUGUAGAUGCCCUCGUUGCGCUAAAUUCUGUGCCGCAUCUGGAACAGCCGUUCUAAUACCGACUGCCUUUUGGCUCCAAUUAACAGCUUUAGUGCCCGAUCAGUGGGCGUACAAUGACUGUUUCAACAACGACAUGGCCAUAGCAAACUGCACUUCUUUCUAUUUAAGCGUACUUGAUACAGAUUUACCCUGGUAUGAAGAAAGCAGAUGUUUACGUGUUCUGGAGAUAACAUCCGUUAUACUAAUGGGUUUGCUAAUGAUUGUUGGCUUUGGAGUCUGCUGUAGAACUUGCUGUCGCAGUAUAACUGUCGAGUCUUGUAAAAUUUGCUAUGUGUGUAUUCUAUCUCUGUUGAGUCUGAUUCCAGGCAUUUUGAACUUGUGCUGUUGUUUUGUUACAGUAAAAUUCGUCUCUGAACACGAAGGAAAACAGUUAACGUUCGGGUUUUCAUUUUAUACUUUCACAGUAAUUGGAAGUGCCAUAUUAGUAAUUUCGCUUGCGUCUGUAUGUGGAUACGUAUGUGUAAAGACGUUUGAGCUAAGGGAAGAUUAUGAAAUUCAGGCAGGCAGUGACGAAUGCGAACGCGAAGGCGAAGAAGCCUCUCUUCUGAGUACUAAUUAGGUGUAGGAAUAUACAGUUUACUAAAUAGACAUGCAAAACCAACUCUCAGCAGGGAUAACCUACCCUAGCGCAACAUUAACUAUAGUGAUGGGAGAUCACUGCAUAGGAGACUGCCAAAAGAAUGAAUAAUGACAUAAAAUAUACAAAGAGAAAUCAUGUGUUUAAAAUGCUACCAACGUAUCAAGCAUAAACAGCACUGUUUGAUAAACAAUUAUAUGUGAUGGACAAAAUUGAUGUAUUAACAGAAUCACUUGAAGCAUGUAGCACAGCGAUCACAAAUAGACCUACAUACAAAUAUAUACUGUAGUAUAACCUUUAGUCUGCUGUUGGCAAGUGAUUCUGCCUUUGCGACCUUUGCGAUGAAAAGUGUGAAAUUAAAGUGGACAACGACGCAAAUUUCAAAACAAAAUCAGCAGCUCAUUCCUUCCGUUUUGUGUGGGAUUUGGGAGCCAAUUAGCAUAAACGUGUAGUCAUAGUACUCUCAAUUAGACUGUGUAGCGAUUAACUGUUUUGUAUUGUUUCGUAAAUUCGAUUCUAACACAACCCGAUUCAUUUUCCCAUAAAACAAAAGCUGAAAAUUGUUUGUUAUUCUACAAACAAUGCACGUCAUACUUAUUACAUCAUCGAGUCAAAUGGUAUAAUGGCGCACUGGAAAAGAAACAACAGAAAACAGGCAAUUGUUUGAUGGGUAUCAACAAGGAUGUUCUUAAAAUCCUUCCUAACGUAUUAGAUUCUCUUGAAUAAAAUCAUUGUUUGGAUUUUAAAUGUGUAUAAUUAUAGUUGCUCUCUCGUGAUAUGAUAUAUUCGCAUCUGAACUCAGCGAUUUUAUUUAACGACAAAUAACUAAAUGAGAUAUAUUAUUUCUUAAUUGAAAUAAAUGCAAUGUUUAAUGUUU